AGCUCGUGAAGCGUCUGGACGAUGCCUCGUGUGACGUGCGACUGGCAGCUGCUGGCGCCUUGGCCGCCUGGUUCCAGUGCCUGAGGGACAGUCCCCUCAGACCCUCCAUGGAGACCCAGGUGGAGUAUCUCUACCAAGAGCUGCUCAUCCACCUCGACGACCCGGAUGAGGACACCCAAAAGGCAGUCCUAGAAGUUUUAAAAGAAGGAAGCGUGUUGUACCCGGAGGUGCUGGUGCGGGCAGUCGAAGGGGCCGCGCUCAAGCACCGCACCCCGGCCUAUUGCCACCAGCUGCUGCGCCACGUCCGGGCGGGACAGGAGCCGGCUCCAUGACCCUGGAAUUCUCCUCAGGGAACUGGGCAGGGAAGGGGUCUCACCUGGAUUCCUGCCCCGUUGGCACUGGCCUAAGAAUGGCUGAGCAAUAAAUACCUAGGUUUUUCUUUGUAAGUUCACUAUUAGCUCAUUUCAAAGUCAGAUUGGCACAAUUCUGUGUUCUGUGCCGUUUGGACAGUUCUUUGUCUUUGCCAGCAAUAAAACAAUGUUUUAAUUCACAUUGCAUCAGAGCUUUUUCAGAUACAAAGUUUAGAGGAGAACUGUUUUUCAGGAAUUUGACGCUAUUUAUAAUUGAGAAAGAUAAUUUAUUUAACAAAGUAAUGGUCUAAUGUCAAAGUUAUUCAUGU